GAACUAAAGCUCGUCACAGCGCCUCCUACAGUACGAGCGAUGGAGCGAGAACUCAUUUCUUCGUCUUUAUCUCGUUUAAAAAUACCGUUGAAUUCCAGUGACUUCUCACUAGUUCAUUUAUUCAAAACUCCGAGCAAGACGUAUUUAGAUUAAAUUAUGUAUGAACUUAUUUCUUAAUCGGAUGUAGAGGCGCUUCUGGCUCCAGCACAGACGGAGGCGCUGUGAGGCUCUUCAGUGAGAGAAAACAGACCAUAGAACGAACGAGAGAACAGCUUACAGUUUGAACCCUCGACCGGUUCGUGUUUUCAGUGUGUUUUACACCGUUUACCAGAGUUGUAUUUACUUAUGUUGAGCAUGAAAGCGCAGGUGGAGGUUGUCUGCUGUAAAUCAGUAGGAACUGAUCUGUCCAUGCUGGAUAUUGAGGAUUUCAUCACAGAAAUCUGUCAGCUGAAGAAAGAGGUGGCUUCACUGGAGACAAAGCUGAGAGAAAGAGGAGACAAACUGAACAGAGAGGAUUCAGUCUGGAGCGUCAGAGAUCAACCGGCAGAGCAACUCUCUGAUCAGAGAUCCAGAGACACACAGGACUCGGAGCUCAGCCUUAGUUUGCUCUGUUACAUUGACGCUCAGGAGAGCGUGUGUGACGGUCAUGGAUCCGUCGACCAAACCUCCACAGAGUCUGUGGGGUCUGACUGUAACGCUGGAGAACAGCACACGCCGCUGAAGACGUGCUCCGUCAAACUGGUGGACUGCAGGAAUUCGAAGGAGACGAGAGAAGAAGCCACUGCAGAGGAAGAACAUAGUGAUGUCGAUGAUGAUGAUGAUGACUUUGUUCCAUUGGAUGAAAACACCAGUUCACAUUCUGAUCAAGAAACGGCCUCAACAUCCAAAGAUCAGCUGAAGACCAACAGUUUCUCCUGCGUCACCUGUGGGAAAACAUUCAGCAAACAGGGAAAUUUAGCGAGGCAUGAGAAAAAACACACAGAGCCGAAAGACUACAAGUGUAAGAGAUGCAACAUCAGCUUUCCUACCUUAAAAGAGAGAAGAAAUCAUUCAAAAGAGCACAGCGUGAAGAAGGAGUUUCGAUGCGAGCAGUGCGGGAAGGUUUCCUUCUCUUCUGGUAAUCUGAAGAUUCACAUGAAGACACACACUGGCGAAAAACCUUUCCACUGCAGCGAGUGCGACAAGCAUUUCAGCACCAAACAAUCUCUUAUUGUUCAUAAGCGAAUCCACACGGGGGAGAAACCAUACAAGUGCCCUCACUGUGAGAAAAGAUUCAGAGAUGGAUCCCAUUUCAAGUCCCACAUGCGUUCGCACGCCAGCGAGAGGCCGUACCAGUGCAGCGAAUGUGGGAAAACCUUUAAACAGCCCAUUUGUCUGAUAUCACACCAAAAAAUACACUCCGAGAAACUGCACCGGUGCACACAUUGUGACAAACGAUUCCGUCAUAUUUCUCAGCUGAAACGCCACGAGAGAAUGCACUCUGGAGAGAGACCAUACCUGUGCUUUCACUGCGGGAAGAGCUUUUCCGAUCCAGCUCAUUUCAAAGUCCACCAGAGGAUCCACACGGGAGAAAAACCGUACCAAUGUAGCGUUUGCGGGAAGAGUUUCCGUCAAAACACGAACUUACUGAAGCACCGGAGGAUUCAUAGCGGAGAAAGACCGUUCAAGUGUUCUCACUGUGACAAGACGUUUGCUCGAUCAGACAUCCUGAAGAUCCACGAGCGAGUUCAUACAGGAGAGAAACCUUACUCCUGCUCCAUCUGCGGCGAGAGAUUUGCUUAUUUAGGGGGUUUUCAGACCCACCAGAACAAACACACUAAAGAACAAACUGCUCCAGAACCAUCUGAGUGACUUUCAUCAAUCAAUCUGGAAA